GUUCUGGUGGUUUUGGUCUUGGUGUAGGGGCCUCAAUUAUAUGGAGCGAAGUCAGAGUCUGGAGGAGCAGCUCAGAUGUCCCGUUUGUCUGGAUGUCUUUACUGAACCUCUGAUGUUACAGUGUGGACACUCCUACUGCAGCUGUUCUGUCCUCUCCUUUCCUGUUCUGCACUGCCUUCCCCUGUCCUUUUCUGUCCUGUCCUCACGUGUUCUGUUUAACCCUGUCUUCCUCUGUCCUCACUUGCUAUAACCUCACCUCACCUCUCCAGGUGCUGUGUGCGAUCCAUGACAAUGGACAUGCUUGGUCAGCUGCAAUGUCCGGUGUGUCGCUGUGCUGUAGAUGGAGACAGUCCUCCUCCCAACCUCAGUUUAGCACGAAUAAUCGAAGUGCUGCAGGAAAUGAGUGUGUCAGAUGGAGAUCAGCAAGAUUUUUGUCCUCAGCAUGACAACCCUCUGAGCCUUUACUGUGAGGCUGAGCAGGUCUUGAUCUGUGGCCUUUGUGGAAGCAUCGGUGCUCACCGCGGACACAAAAUCACACCUGUGAGUUCUGUGUACAGCCGCAUGAAGGAAGAUAUUUCUUGUCUGAUGACAGAAUUCCAGCAUCAAAGGCAUAAAGUGGAGGAUCAGAUAUGUAAAAUGGCAUACAACAAAUCAAGGAUCAUUAACGAGUCAGACGUAAUGAAAUGGAUGAUUAGGAAGGAGUUUGGUGAACUUCGGCGCUGUCUGGAGGAGGAAGAGGUGGGGUUCAUGGAGCAGGUGGAAACAUCAACUACAGCCCUCAUUGCAUCCCUGCAGAAUCAGACAGACCAGUUAAACCAGAACCUGAACCAGCUACAGAAAGUCCAGAAUACCCUGCAGGACCUGAGUGACGAGGGGCACCUGGACUUCAUCACGAAGUAUGCCUCAAUUGCUCCAAGGUUCAGAGAGAGUCAUAAGCUUCAGCAGAAGGGCGAGAGAAUCUUUAGCACUCUGAACUUCAAACCAGGUUUCAACCACAACGACAUCAAACUCACUGUCUGGAAGAAACUACACCGAAAAGUCCUGCCAGCACCAGAGCUGUUGAAACUGGAUCCUCAGACUGCUCACCCGAUGCUGGAGCUCCAUCAUGGAAACACCAUGGUGGUCUGCGGGGCUCUGCUUCAAAAGCUGCCUGAUAAUCCAGAGAGGUUCACCUACAGCUACUGUGUCCUGGCCAACCGAGGCUUCUCCUCCGGGAAACACUACUGGGAGGUGGAGGUGGGCAACAAAGUAAAAUGGCGUCUUGGUUUGAUCAAAGGAACAACCAAUCGUAAGGCCAAGCUGGUGAAGAGUCCAGAGAAUGGUGUAUGGUUGAUCGGGCUGAAGGAUGGUGUUUAUGAAGCCUUUACUUCACCCAGGGUGGUUUUGCCAGUGUCUACACCCCCUCACCGGGUGGGACUGUUUCUUGACUACGAGGGCAGGGGUCUUACGAUCUAUAACAGUGACAGUCCAGAUGAGCUGUGCUUCAUCUACAACUUCAGGCUGCAGGUCCAGGGGAAAGUCUACCCCCUGCUGGACGUCUGCUGGCAUGACAGAGGAGGCAACAAACAGCCCCUGGUCCUCAAUUAGCCUCAGCAGGAGCAUAAUGCAGCUCACAAAAUGGGGAUUAUGAUAUAACUGAUAAGGAGUUACUGUCCAUCAACAGGAAAAAUAAAUUUUGAUCAUGACAUGGAUUUCAUUUUCGUUGCUGGAAAACUACUUUAAAUGUAUAAAUUUAAAAGAGAAUUGUAGGACCAACAUUAAAAAAAAAUGGUGACAUUUGCUCCUUUGAAAUUGUUAAUAUUGUUUAUACUAAGUGGGAUUUGAUUGUAAUCAAAUCAAAACUUAUAUCAGUUUUUGUGAAGUUUAUUUUCACUGCAUAUGCUGUAUAAUAUGUUGUACAAUCUGAGUCAGUCAGAUUGUACAAUAUAUUUUUAUAAAUCCAAUUAAUGAAAAACAAAAGGAAAGACAAGGUUAAACCCUUAUCUCAGAAGCUCGUUCAAACGAGUGUGGCUCAUCCUGCACCUAAAUUGAGAGGCAGUUCCAGAGGAGUCGGAUAGAUGAAGGUCUUCUCCAGUUCUACUCUAGGAAUUUCUGUGAACUACAACUAAACCUACACUCUGAACGAGAAGUGCUCUACUCAUUCAUUCAUGAAAGCAUUCAUUUACACAUUAAUACUUACAUCCAGUACUGUUCUUCCUUGUAGGGACUAGUCGAAAAAGAGGAGAAGGCUCUUGCACCUCAGACCACCCCAGUUGAAAUAAUGGAUAUAGAUGGGGAGGGGGGCGGGUGGGCGGUGACAGGUGGCAGGUCACUGUACAGACGAGACUAAGCAAGAGUUUCACAAGUGGCACCUAA